AUGGCAAAGGUGUGGAUCCAAACUGCUACUCUCAUGAUCUUACUGGUCAUGUCAUGCCCAGGCUCACAAGCCACUGCCUUACAGUAUCUGUGUGGUUCUCAUCUGGUUGAUGCUCUUUAUCUUGUGUGUGGAGAACGAGGCUUUUUCUACAGACCCCGUACUGUUGACAGCCCUAUGCAAGGUAAUGCAGCAUCAGCUGUGGGUGGAAAUGUGGGCACAGACUUUGGGGAGCAGAUGGGAGUGUUGGAGCGCUGCUGUCACAGGGCCUGCAACAUCCUUGAGCUGACGUCCUACUGCUUCUGA